CCACGACGUCCGAUAUAUAUCUAGAAUAACAUUAUUUUUAGAUCAGUACGUUACAAAUCAUAGACUUGACAUUUAUUAUUUUCCUAAAUAUGGAUUUUCUUGACAACAAACGCUCGAUCUUUAUUUUAGCAAUAGUUGCUAUUACAAUCGUAGCCAAAAUUAAGGCGAAUGAUGGUGAAAUGCGGCCUGUUGAAAGUGUGCCUAUAUUGAAAACUUCUGCUGAAGAUACUAAAUAUUACCAAACUAGCGCACAUGAAGGCAGCAUACGGGUUAAGCGACAAUACGGAGGCUACGGAUACGACCCAUAGGUAUUACUAUGGCAGACGGCGUCCAUAUCCGCCUGUAAUAUUCGGCGGCAUAGGCUUCGGAGGACUAGGUUUCGGUUAUGGUGGUAGAGGAUAUGGUUAUGGCGGCAGAGGUUUCGGAGGGAGAGGCUUUGGUGGGAGAGGCAUCGGUGGCAGGGGCAUUGGCGGAAGAGGCGGCAUUGGCGGAUUCGGUGGUGGUCGUGGAGGAGGCGGAGGCAGAGGCUAGCUAGUUAG